GUUUCGAUCGCACACGCGAGAGAACGUUCAGUAAGUGGUCAUCUGUCAAUAAACUAACAUCUAAACCGCGACUGACAGCAUGGCAAGCCGCAGUCUGCUGUCACUGCUCAUCUUUGUUGUCAUACAUGUGGCGUACCCGUUUCAUCACAACCCGCCUCAGUGCGGUAUACCGCAAAUCGGUGGCAAUGAGUUAAUUCUAAAUGGACAGGAAACAAGUCCGGGUGAUUGGCCGUGGCAUGUGGCCAUUUAUCAUAGGAAAGGCCGUUCGACGGAAUUUGUCUGCGGCGCUAGCAUUAUCAAUGACCGGUUCGUUCUGACAGCCGCCCAUUGCGUCAUAAACGCGAUUAACGGGUUCGUGCUGGCGCCAAGCCGAUUCGUUGUGCGGAUGGGGAUUCACGAUCUGAAUAUUGUUAAUCCCCGGUCUGUGCAGCAGCACGAAGUGGAGAAAAUACACACGUUCGAAAACUUCACCAAAUUCGUUGAUGAUAUCGCGCUUAUUCAGUUGAGUACUAUCAUUCGAUUCAACGAUUAUGUGCAACCGGUUUGUGUGAAUCUGGAACCGAACAUCACUGGGGAGUAUGGAACGGUAGUCGGAUGGGGAUUGACCGAGAACGAUGAAACGGCAGCCAUCUUGAGGAAGGUUGACCUGCCGGUGAUUGAUCACAUAGUCUGUCUCAAGAGCGACCGUACGUUUUUCGGGAGAACACUCGACGAUAGAUUGUUUUGCGCUGGUUUUACUAAUGGAACGGGCGUUUGCAAUGGCGAUAGCGGUGGAGGAAUGUUCUUCAAGAGGGCUAAUAGCUGGUUUUUGGGAGGUAUCGUAGCGUUUUCGCAGACACGAUCCGGCGGGACCGGGUUUUGCCACACGCAGGGGUAUGGAGCUUUCACGAAGGUAGAGAAGUAUUUGUUAUGGAUUAGUGGGAUUACACAGAUGAAGUUUGUGCGAGAUAGUGACGUUCGCACUUGCAAAGCGGUUGAACCCAUUCUAGGAAGCAUAUAUCCCAAUUAUUUACCCCGACACUGCGGUGUCUAUAUUCCAGAUCGCAUCGCAGGUGGACAGUCGGCACGAGUAUUCGAAUUUCCCUGGAUGGCCAUAAUAUUACACCGAAACAUGGAGUUCCUUUGUCUCGGUACACUAAUCCACAUUCGCUACAUUCUUACAGUUGCGAGCUGCAUAAGAAACCCUUUGCCAAAUAAAGUUCGUCUGGGAGAACACACCAUCGGCCAGGAGAAGGACUGCAAUGACGGCCAGGAGGAUUGUGCGCCACCGGUACGUGAUUACAGCAUCGAGUGCAUCAUUACUCAUCCACGUUUUACCUUUCCGAAAAGGCAUCAUGAUGUGGCGCUUAUCCGCCUCGGCGAAAAUGUCAUUCUGGAAGAUCACAUUCAACCGAUAUGUCUGCCACAUUCGACUGCUUUACGCGAUUUCCAGCCCUCGAGGUACAUUGUUACCGGAUGGGGUCGAACGGAUCUCAUAGGAAAACUUUCACCAGUGCUGCAGAAGGGAGCGGUCCUGCCUGGUAAUCGAUUCGAAUGCCAGGAAUGGUUGAGAGGGUUGCGCGGGGAGCCCCAGCUCACGGAGGGCCAACUGUGCCUGGGUGGCGGUAAUGACUCUGUUGAUACUUGCGCCGGUGACAGUGGAGGACCACUGGGUUACGGUGCCAAACUUCAUGGAGUACGAUUCGUACAAUUUGGAAUUGUUUCACUAGGCACUACUUGUGGAUAUGCACCCACUAUUUUCACCAACGUUGCUUAUUAUAUGGAAUGGAUACUGGCAAACAUGCAUCUUUAAGCUAAAAGAAGAUUAUGAAUUCGGUUUCAAAACACGCUUGACAUCAAUAAACGUUACUCCAUACCUA